UCCGUGCAAUGGCACUUGAACCCGUCCUCCAAGGACAAUUCGACAAGGCCGCGGCGCAAUGUCUCUCAACUGGUGUUCGAGGCGCAUUCGUCGAAGGAUGCACCUAUGGGGUUGCUAGUGCACUCAUCUAUCUCGCAGAGGCUCUUCUCUUCUACGUCGGCGCGGUUCUCAUGGCACGUGGAACGUACACCUACCUUCAGAUGGUUCAAACCUUGAACCUCGUCGUUUUCACGGUCACCAUCGGCAGUCAACUCAUGGCGUUCACUCAAAAGAUUGCCAAGUCUGUACAGGCCACCAAGGACCUCAAUGACUUGCUCAAACUUAACGUCGACAGCACAUCCGAGGCGCAAGGAGUCCUUCGUCCGAGGAUCGAGGGUGACCUUGUGUUUAGCGACGUAUCGUUCAGCUAUCCCUCGCGUCCAGGUGCACCCGUUCUCAACAACCUCUCUAUGAGGAUCGAAGAUGGAGAAUGCGUUGCCAUAGUUGGCUCCUCAGGCUGCGGAAAAUCAACGAUCGCAGCCAUGUUGCAAAGACUAUAUGAACCCGACUCUGGUGCCAUCUCGAUCGGCACGAACGAGCUUCGAGCCACUGAUGUGCAACACCUUCGCGAGCACGUCGCAGUUGUCAGCCAGAACCCUAAUCUUUUCGACGCCAGCAUCCGAGAGAACAUCGCAUAUGGACGAGUAGGCGACGACAUGACCGAAGCUGAGGUCGUCCGUGCAGCAAAGGCCGCGAACGUCCACGACUUCAUCGUGUCUCUUCCCCAGGGCUACGACACCCUCGUGGGCGAGAAUGCCUCGCUGAUUUCAGGCGGACAAGCUCAACGCCUCCAAAUCGCACGCGCGCUGGCCCGACCUGCCAAAGUGUUGAUUCUGGACGAGUGCACAUCCGCUUUGGAUCCCGCAAACCAAUCUGCAGUGCUUGACACCAUCCGUGGAGCCAAAGUGGGGAGGACGACGAUCAUGAUCACUCAUAAACUUGCUGUGAUGCAGAUGUGCGAUCGGAUUUUGGUCGUUGAGGAUGGGGAGGUGCGCGAGCAAGGCACGUACGAAAGCCUCAUGGAACGCAAGGGCGUGUUUUCCAAGCUGGCAAACGGUGGCGAAUGGAUGAGCGAGUGAUGUGCUAUUCAAUGACUUUUUUCUUCUUUCUUUCUUUCUGUAUUUCUCUGCUUGUGUUUUUUUAUCACUCUUUUCUAAGGUUAUUGAUUACAGUAUUGCUACAUUCGAUUUUCAUACUAUUCUUUCUUUGAUGCUUUUUACUUGUUUUCCCUUUGGAGUUUUCUUUGUUUUUGUUUUCAUGACUCAGUGACGAUUCUUAUACGACUACUCAUCUGUAGUAUUACCACACUCAUACAAUGUAUCCCCAGACAUCCAAAAUCAAUGAAUGUUACAGUAAAUUUCUCCAUGUU